AUGAGCAGAGUUGCAGAGUUCAUGGCCCUCGGUUGCUUUCGUCUGAAUCCAACUCUUUUUCCUUUUUCCAUAUGUCCAUGGGAUUUGUCUAUGGCAGACCUCCUGCAAGACCCCUUCCUCGUUUCUGUUCACAUCAUAACAGAUCCAGGGGAAGCGAAAACACUCCAGUGUGCAGCUGACCAGCUUCUCUCCCUCAUCCACCCACAACUCACCCUCUUCAGAGUCUCAGAGCGAGCCGAAAGGCCACAGCCCAGGACCCGGUGUGUCACAGACCUCCACCCGUCCCCUCGUCCGUGCCUGUCUGUCAUCCUGUUCCUGCACGAAGAUUAUGGAGGGGAGAAAAACCAUGAGCAGCAGCUGAGGCGCCCUCCAUGGCGCUACCACCACACCGAGCAAGUAAAAGGCUUAACGUUUUCCUCGGCGGUGCAGGACUUCUUCAUCCUGGUCCCCGGGACUCCACUUUGGGCCCUGCGGAAGGUGCGUUACGGAAAGGAGAUCGUACGAUUUACUAUAUAUUGUCGGUAUGAGACGUACGGUGAUCAGGUUCGUCUGUACAGACUGCUUCUGCAUCGCCCUCUAGCACAGAGGAAUCGGAUUUACAGCUUCUGUGUGGUUUACUCCAACCAUCAUAUGGAGAUCCAGCUGUCAUUCAAGCGGUGUCCACGAGGACAGGAUCCCACCCCUACAGAAUGCACCCUCAUGGAAAUACGUGUGAGAAACGUGGGUGGACUCAUUCCACUCCUGCCUCAUCCCUGUAGACCAAUCAGUCACAUACGCUGGCAAACCAGGGAUUACGACGGGAAUAAGAUAUUACUUCAGGUACAGGGUUCAUCAGCACAGUCGAGGGACACCAUUCUCUCCUGUCCAUUUUCAAAAACUCCAUCAAACGGUUAUGGCCCUGAUGCCUAUGGACAGUGUGUCUGCCAAAGCGCUUCCCACCCUCACACCCAGAACCUGCUCAUGCAGUCCUCUCACACCUCACUACCCCUGCAGUGUAAGCAGGACGACAUCAGGAGUGUUCCAUGUAGCCAGGACAUCAUGUGUGCUGGCUGGACAGAUGUCCACACUCACUCUCUAAUCUCAAUGGCAACAGAAGAAUUUCAUCCAGCAAGCACGUAUCCUUCGACCGCCCGUUCGGCAAGUUCCUUCUCCUUCACAAUCCCGAGAUUCCGGAUAAACGUAGACACUUUAGUGGGAGCCAGAGAGACGGAUGUAGACACGGGACAAGCAGUCAUCAGCAGAUCUGUAGAUCUUUCUGUGGUCUCUGCUUACCUGCUUCCACAAACACAAAUAACACCAAGAUCUAGAGUCUCACAGCCUCUGUCGGAGCCUCCGCAGUUCAGCACAUCAUCUCUUAAACCCUCAAAUAAACCAGCAUCACUUUCAGCAGGUGUGUGUCCUCUUCAGGCCAGUACAAAGUGGAACAGAGACAAGAGUCAGAGCAGAGACUCAGAAAUAACAGAAGACUGCGCAGAGGAGGACAAACAGGAGUUCUUUAUCUGAGGAUCCGAUCGCUGGAUAAUGAAUUCCACAUUUAUCUUCAGUCAACACUUCAUCCCCUUUAGGGUUAAGGUGGAUCCGGGGACCAAUGCACAGGAUGCACGUGAGCGGAGGACGGGUGGAAAGAAAAAGAGUCAAUUCAGUCUGUUUUUAAAAAUCUUUGAAAAUCUUUGAACGGCAUGCUGGUGUAGUGGUUAGCGCUGUCGCAUUACACCUCCAGGGUCCGGGUUCAAUUCCCGGCUAGGUUUCAUUCCCGUCUCUGUGUGCAUGGAGUUUGAAUGUUCUCCUUGUGCUUGGUGGGUUUCCUCAGGGUACUCUGGUUUCUUCCCACAGUCCAAAGACCUGCAGAUUAGGCUAAUUGGUGUUCCCAAAUUGCCCAUAGUGUGUGAAUGAGUGUGUGUAUGUGUGUGUGCCCUGCCAUGGACUGGCUCCCUGUCCAGGGUGUACCCCGCCUCGUGUCCUAAGUCUCCUGGGAUAGGCUCUAGAUCCCCGCGACCCUGAAUACAGAAUAAAGUGGUAUAGAAGACGAGUGAGUGUAAAAAGCUUUAUAAUCUGCAGUGUAACAGGACGUCUGCUGAU